UCCUCUACACGGACUUCAGUCGCUCCAACAGUUCAGAGCCUUUGUCGUCGGAGUCGAGUUGAACAUUCGCAAGUUAGAUACAAAGAAGUAUCUAAAGCCAUUAUGAAGCGCCAAAAUCGCAUCUCACUUUGUUUGCCGCUUUUUACCCUCUGUUUUGUGUUGAGUGCCAUAUCUGCUGUGAACGGUGACUACUGUGAAGUGAACAUCUGCCACAGUGGAGGAACUUGCGUGACUGGAGUGGGGGAAAACCCUUUCAUCUGUAUCUGCCCAGAUGGGUUCACCGGCGAGACCUGCAACGAAACAGAGACGGGACCCUGCAAACCAAAUCCCUGCAAGAACGACGGUGUGUGUGAAGUCAUAAGCCAAACACGUCGUGGCGACGUCUUCAGCGAGUACGUGUGCAAGUGCCAGGAAGGCUUUGAUGGUGCCCACUGCCAAAACAAUGUCAAUGACUGUGCCGGUCAGCCCUGUAGGAAUGGAGGCGUGUGUCGAGAUCUGGAAGGAGACUUCAACUGCAAGUGCCCCUCUCCCUACGUGGGAAAGCACUGCCACCUGCGCUGCAUCUCCCUGCUGGGCAUGGAAGGUGGGGGCAUUGCCGAGCAUCAGAUUACAGCCUCCUCUGUGCACUACGGCAUUCUGGGACUGCAGCGCUGGGGGCCUGAGAAGGCCCGCCUCAACAACAAGGGCCUGGUGAACGCCUGGACCUCCGCUGGACACGACAGGAACCCCUGGAUUGAGGUGAACCUGCAGAGGAAGAUGCGCUUCACAGGCAUCAUCACUCAGGGCGCCAGCCGCAUGGGUGUGGCGGAGUACAUCAAAGCCUUCAAGGUGGCGUCCAGCCUGGAUGGCCGCACCUACACCAUGUACAGACUGGAGGGCCAAAAGAAAGACACAGUUUUUGUGGGGAACAUGGACAACGACGGCACCAAGACCAACCUGUUCGACCCGCCCAUCAUCGGCCAGCACCUCCGCAUCAUCCCUGUGGUCUGCCGCAAGGCCUGCACCAUGCGCAUGGAGCUGGUCGGCUGCGAGCUCAACGUCUAUUUGAACACGACAGGUUGCUCUGAGCCCCUGGGCAUCAAGUCUCGUCUGAUCAGCGACGCUCAGAUGUCGGCGUCCAGCACCUUCCGCACGUGGGGCAUCGAGGCGUUCACCUGGCACCCGCACUACGCCCGACUGGACAAGCAGGGCAAGACCAACGCCUGGAGCGCUGCCAGCAACAGCCGCUCUGAGUGGCUGCAGGUUGAUUUGAAAUCUCCCAAGCGCAUCACGGGCAUCAUCACGCAGGGGGCCAAGGACUUCGGCAGUGUUCAGUUUGUGUCCGCUUUCAAGGUGACCUACAGCAGUGACGGUCAGAGCUGGACUGUGAUCAAAGAUGAGAGGACUAACGACGACAAGAUCUUCCCCGGCAACAGUGACAACAACGUCCACAAGAAGAACGUGUUCGAGCCUCCCUUCUACGCCCGAUUCGUCCGCGUCCUGCCAUGGGCGUGGCACGAGCACAUCACGCUGCGAAUGGAGCUGCUGGGUUGUGACGAGUAGCACCUCUUCCUCCUCCUCCCUCCUUCCCUCCUUCUCUUCCCCCUCUCUCCUCUUCCCCUCUCCCUCCCUACCUCCUGAGCCAUGCCUGCACUGCCUUGCUCCCAGCACCAGAGGGCAGCGUUGCCCCACCAGCCGGCACAGCUGGGGGGACUCUGAGUCCAGCUCCUUGGACACGACACAGCCUGCAUCUUUGACCACACGCCACACAGUGACCUCCCGGCUCUUAUUUUCACACGCUCGCACUCUCUCUUUCUAUCAAAGACACACACGCACACACACACACACACUACACAGUCCAAACCACAGUGAUGCUGCCUCAUUGAGCAAUGAGGAUUGAACUCCACUUUGAGGUGCUGAAAUGCGUCACACGCUCAUUUCUUUGUAGCAACUGAAUGGCUUGGAAAAGGGUUUUGUUUGUGAGUUGGAAGUAUUGCCAGUAUCCAAAAUUAAUUAGAGAGGUGUUCUUGAUAUGUUUGAACCAAGCAGAGUUUCGCCCAUUUCUCACACUGGCUUUGCACAGUGUUUUCAUGUACCGUUUAGCACCGCUGGGCUCUGGAACUGGAGUGCUGAGUGAGGUUCUGCUUUUGCAGAAGUUGUUCCUGGAUUUGCUUGGCUGCUCUCUGUCCCUGUUUUGUGACAAGAGAUCAUUCAUUUAGCGAGAGAUGUACAUAAACCAAAAUAGUCACACUUAAAGUCAUGGUUCUAGUGUUAGUUUAGUAGUUGUAAAUCUGUUGUUGCAGGGUUUUGAUCUCCCCAGUACAGUAACACAUUAGGUAGUAAGUAGAGCACAGUGAUCUGAUUGUGAAUAUGUUGAAUUGAAAUGCUCUGAAAUGUGUUCCUGCUUCUGUAAAUGGGUUUUAAGUUUGUUUAACAUUUCUUUAUUAUUGAUGAUAUUAUAACAGUGAUUAGAGCAUACAUGUCUAUUUGUGCUAAUAAUGUAAGUUGUUUACACUUACUAUGUAAUAAGUAAGUAUUACUAUAAAUAGAUAAAAUGAUCUAUUCGUGUCAUAUUCACUCUCAUUGUAAACAAACAAAAUAUGAUCUAGUGUGACUAAGUUAAGGAAUAUACAGGUCAACAUUCAUGCCAAUAAAAGUUUUGGCCCAACACUGCCAAAUAUUUUUCUCAGGUAGAGAUGAAUUUAUUGCAUUGUGCUACUGAGGUUUUUAUGACGUGCAUGUAAGCUAAAUAUCAUUUUUUGAUGCAGUUUUUGGAACAUACCCAUUCUUACAGAAUAGUGAAACCACAGCAGUGGAUCAGAAAUAGUGGUUGCUUUGCUGGGGCGACUCUAACAUGAAACUGUGUGAUUGUGUAACACAUGAUGGGGAAUAUAGGGAUGUUUGUUUAUUGUGUUUAUUUGGGGCUGGUUUUGCUCAGAGAAGAUAAAUGCAUAGUGGCUGAUGAAUUAGUCCACGUUUCUUACAGUCAAAGGCUGUUUAUGAGAAACAGAUGGCUUGGGGAGACGCGGCUGCUGCCAACAUGAUAAGGAGAAUAGGAGCUUAAAUCAAAUUAAGAAUGAUUUCUACGCUUCCCCUUAAUGUCCGUCCGAGGUGUCAAUCAACAUAAUAAGUCCAGGCUUUGGCAUUGUGAUACCCCCAUGAAUUAUGAAUUUUGGGCUUGUGCAAUAUGAUAGGAGUUUUAAUAUUAAUGAAUGGUUAAAAAAAAAGAUCACUAUUUCUCUGCACUGCUUUCCACUGAGAAUAGAGGGGAUCGUGGUUAUUAUCACAAGCUGAUAAAUACUUAUCAACCACAACAGUGUUUCCUUAAGACCGAAUGCAUUCUGUGGGUUUUAAUCAUUUUCAUUACCAAUUAUAUAGUUUUCUGGUAGAUUUCUCUGAGGAUGUUGCUAUGAUCUUUGCUAUAUUAGCUACAUAAUAGUCCCCAACUGUUUCUUCCUGUUUUUUCUAAACCAAUGAGUUUUAUGCUUCAUACAAAUUGCUGUCAUUGUUGUGUUCUAAGCAUAGAUUUGGUGCACUCUUGAUGUUUCAGUCUUAAACAGAUUUCUCCUGUUUGGUCUUUAAAUGAAGACAUAAAUAAUAAAGAGUUUAAAUGAUUUUA